UCCUCGGCUGCUCCGGCGCCGCCGGGCCCUGGCGCAGCGCGGCCGCGGCCGCCGCAGCCGCCAGCUUCCUCAGGAUGACUACCUUUUGUCUGAUGAAACUUUUACGUCAAGCAGCUAGAAAUGAGAACAGAUUCACAAAAAGAUUCUACGGCACUCUCUUACCAAAAACAACACAAAAGGGAGUCUUUUCUCAGUCCUCGAUGGUGGUGCCUGACACUAGAAAGACAACUGUGUUUGGACUUGCAAAACCAUUUGGUACAUCUGAAAAAUCCAGUACAGAACCAAAAAGGAGAGCAGCAUUUGGAAGUGUUGGGAGGAGAAUUCCAGAUCGGAUUUUGCAUGUAAUCAACGAGAAUGGGGAGAGCUUAGGAAAUAUGCACCGCGCAGAGGCGCUCAAACUUAUGGAUCAACACAACCUGAAACUAGUUCUGCUUCGCGAGAACGCAGAACCUCCUGUAUACAGACUAAUGACUGGGAAGCAGAUUCAUGAAGAGCAGCUUAAACGUGCAGAGAAGAAAAAAGCAAGUCCAAACCCAGGGCUGGUUCAGAAGGAGUUAUCUUUUUCUUCAACUAUUGCCAAGAAUGACCUAGAGACCAAGACUAAACAGAUAGCACAGUGGAUCGAGAAGAAAUACCAUGUUAAAAUUACCAUCCGACAAACAAAGGAUAGCAACACGGACAUGUUCAUGCUUUUUGAUCAGAUUUUGAAGACUGUGUCUGAGAAAGCCACUUACCUUUCCAAGCCAAAAUCUAUUAAAGAAGGAGUGAGUACCUGUGUUCUGAGACACAUGUCUGAAAAAGAGUUGAAAGCACACCAGAAAUUGGAAAAACAGAAAAAUAGUACAGCAAAGACAGAUGAGAAUGAAGCUCCGAAAUCAAGUGAGUUGAAUCAGUGACUUUAAUGAAGAGGUGUAAACAAUAUUAAUUUCUUAAUUAAAAAAGAAAAACAAAAACCUAUAAAUGUGAGUUACUGUCAAGCUCUGCACUGGUCAUUCCAUAAAGAAAGUUGUCUCAAUUAACCUUUACUGCAGAGUCAGAAUUUCAACAGCUGGUAUUUCAUUUUCCAUGGACUUAUCCACUGUCUUACUUUCUGUCAAAGUUGGAGCAUUUCCUGGCUGUGUUUUAGGAGGAAUGUACCCACUCAGACGAGAGGCUAAGCUCCUCUUAGGACGGCAACGCUUUGUCUGGCAGAAAUAAAUCCAGCAUUAGCAACCUAA